CCAGCUGCAUUAUCUACCCUCAUCGAUCCAUCUCCUCUAGCCACUACUCUACGUACGCACUUGCCUGCCUCUCUGUCUCUAUCUCUCAUUCCAACUCCACGUAGUAGCCGUCGCGAUCAAGAUCCGCCAUGGUUGCACACGCCAGCAUCUACUGCAACGCCACCACCGCCACGACCACGACGGCGAGGAGCGGGCCGGCAUACUCCGCCGUGGCUCCUAAGUCGUCGCCGAGGAAUGCCAAGAGAAGGAGCGGCAAGAAGGCGACGAGGACAACGGCCGGGCGACGGCGCUGCAUGGAGGCGAUCAGGAGGAAGAUGGAAGCGCUGAGGCGGCUCGUCCCUAGCGGCGGCGAUCACCGCAGCGACGAGAUGGCGGAGGACGACGGAGUGGACGAGCUCCUGUUCCGCGCCGCCGACUACAUCGUGCGGCUGCAGGUGCAGGUGAAGGCGAUGCAGCUCAUGGUCGACGUGCUGGAGCACACCAAAGACUCUUGAGUAUUUAUAUAUUUCUACUAGGUCGUGUCGAGCAGAGCAGAUACAUGUACACGCAUACCAGUAUAGGUACCCGCGUACGUAUACAAAUUGUGUUAUUUUUUCGAUUUUGGGGGUUAUUUCUUUCUUUCUUUCUCUUUUGGCGUUUUCGAGAAGUAUGAAAUACA